AUCAAGGAAAGUGAAAGAUUAUAAAACUCUUUUGUAGUGGGUAGUCAUGGUUGAUGAGAGAAGGGUACUGCGUCGAGAGAACCAAGGUUUAGCUGAUUAUGUGUUGAAGAAGAAGCGAGAAGAACACGCUGCUAGGCCUAAUGGUUUGUCGGAAAACAUGGAGAGGACUUUUGUUAAGGCGUAUAGAAAUGUCUGUGACGCCAAGGUUUCAGUUGACAGCCUCGAAGAAUUGUCGCAGAUCAAGGGCUUUGGUAAGUUGAUGCUUAAGCUCAUGCAAGGAUAUUUUGUUACUGGUGCUGCAAGUUCUCAGCAAGAAGAUUUAUCUGGGAAGAAGGCUAAGGGAACAGAACGGUACAUCCCGGGAAGAAAUACUACGACUUAUGCAUUACUAAUAACAUUGCACAGAGAGACUGAAAAUGGGAAGAAAUUCAUGCGUAAACAAGAGCUUAUAGAUGCUGCUGAAGCUAGUGGGCUUGCACACGAACCCAUUGCGCCAGUGAAAGGAAAAGGAAAAGCAGGGCGCGGAGACUCGAAGAGAGAGUGGUAUAGCGGAUGGAGCUCCAUGACGACACUUAUACAGAAGGGAUUGGUGGUGAAAUUUAGCAACCCAGCGAAGUACAUAUUGACAGAUGAAGGUCGGGAUGUAGCAAAUGAAUGUAUCAUGCGGUCUCAGUUAUCUAAUUCAGUGGACAUCUUAUCUGAUGAGGAAGUGGAUCCUGCACAGCAAGCAAGGAGAACACCUAAUCAAAAUCCAACCUUUACAUUGCAAGAAGAACAACAAUAUGUUGAUGCAAGAUCUUCUAGAGCACAAGCAUCUACAAAUACAGGUCAAGUUGACCUUGAGGGAUCUCCUGCUAAGAAGUUCCGAUCUUGCAAUGUUGGAUCCACCUUAAAUCCUAUGAAAGCCAGCUCAUCUUCUUUGGCAUCAAAUGGAACCAAAGGAGUAACAACUAUUCCACGUCUUCCACCUCUUAAAUUUGGAGAAGCUUUUGAGGAAGCAUAUGAUGUGAUCUUGAUACUGGAUGAUCGAGAACAGUUUGCCACCAGAGGAUCACGUUCCAUAGUUGAUAACAUAUGCUCUGUAUUCAAGAUUAAGAUUGAGGUUAGACGAUUACCAGUUGGGGAUUGUAUCUGGAUUGCUCGGCAUAAGUAUCAACAUGAUGAAUAUGUUCUGGACUAUAUUGUUGAGAGGAAGAGCAUUGAUGAUAUGCGCUCGUCGAUUAUGGAUAAUCGCUACAGGGACCAAAAACUUAGACUUCAGAGAUCAGGAAUCAAGAAGCUGAUGUACAUUCUUGAAGGGGAUCCAAACCAGUCUAAAGCAGCAGAAAGCAUUAAAACAGCUUGUCUCACAACGGAGAUUCUGGAAGGAUUUGAUGUGUUGAGGACAAACGGGCUGGGAGAGACGCUAAGAAAAUACGGUUAUCUCACUAAAUUGAUAUUCCAAUACUACAAGUCGCGGGUGAACGAUGAUGACCAGAGCAAAGUCCCAGCCUCGUGUCCUUCUUUCGAUGAUUUUGUCAAAAGGUGUCAAGACCUUGAUAAAAUGACAAUCAGCGAUGUAUUCGGCAUUCAGCUUAUGCAGGUAUUGAUUGAGUCUUGCAAAGCUUUAUUCAAGAUCUUAUAUGAAAAUUCACAAGAAUGCUUUUUGUUACAGAUCCCGCAGGUAACAGAGGAAAUUGCCAUAGCUGUUCUUGAUACGUACCCAACACUUUUGUCUCUUGUUUCUGCCUAUUCUAAACUAGAUGGGAAUGUCUCGGCGCAAGAAGAAAUGCUUAGGAAUCAAAGCAACAAUGUAAUAUGUGCGUCCGCUAGUAAGAACAUAUACAAGUUAGUUUGGGGUGGAUGACUUGACUUAUAACCUCUAGUGUUUGUGAGUUUGUCAUUUGACCUUUUUUUGUUGUGUAGAGAGAGUGAUCUGAAACUGCUCCAGUGCAUGUAUUAGCGACUAGCUCUAUUAGAUAGUCCUGGGCAAAAUAACCGAA